GUCGAAAAUUCGUCGUAUCAUGCCUGGAUAUCGCGCAGCUGCAAGGGUGCUCGUUCGCUGCGCAAGCAGCAGCACCAAGAAGGCAAGCAAAGCCGCCAAGCCCACCAAGGCCGCCAAGGCCACCGCUUCCAAGAAGAGCGCCUCUUCUGCCGCCGCCAACAAGAAGACAGCUGCCGCUGAGAGCAAGUACAAGACAGAUGUUGCAAACGAAAAGGGCUACUAUGGACGCUCUGUGCCUUACUCAAACGUGCACACGUCCCAGCUGGAUGCCUACUAUGACCUGACCCUAGAGAUGGCAAACAAGCGGCUGCCCCAGCCAAGGCCAGCCAACUACACCAAGUAGAGAGCAGAGAACACCAAGCGUGGUCGGCCGCCUGCGCUAACUGUGCAUCCACCACCAGUCUCUGCACGGCACCUCGUGUGGGUGCGUGUCUGUUGGACGCUGUCCACUCACAUGUCUUUAUGCGAACGUAGUUAUUGCUUUCGUCUCAUCUGUGUGAGCGCUGUGUGUGUGUGUGUGUCGUGGUGCCGUGAUGUGACUGCUGUAAUGAUGAGGGUGAGCGGAGUGUAAGUGAGCGUGGAGAGGACAAGGCUUGUGUGUUUGCCUGUGUUGGCCGCUCAUUCCAUGUCAAUAAAAACCACCGUGAUGACUCAAUCUCUUGGCUUAGUUCGUUCAUUGAGGGGGGCAGGAGAGGCAGGGGUCGAGGGCACGCACAGUGUGCUGCCAUGCGCGCGAAUAUAAGGUGCAAUGUACAAA